ACGACUCCUCCUCCGUUGGCGGGAGCAGCAGCCGCCGCUGCCAGCUGCCCAUCCAGGAGGAGGUUUGGGGAGACGGUCCCGGGAGUCUCCGCAUCCCCAACAUUGUUAAGCGUCUCUUCGGAAGAGCUGCGCUCGCAGACCUCCUCAGGGCCAUAAUCCGUGGCCCGAGAGACGUCGAAAAUCUCGGAGGAGACGUCCUCUGUGCGUGACUCGUCCGGGUCGUCCAAGCUCUCGGUGUCCUCGGUGAUGCUAGUGGCCACCUGGGCCGUGGUGACACUGGUGAUCUGGAAGCAGCUCUUCUUCUUGGCCGGCAUCUUGGACAUGGUGAAGAAGGCUGGAGGGCAGAGAGGCACGCCGGCUCCUCUGGGUCCUGUCGGAAACCGGGGAGGGCAGAGCACGGGCCCCCAAAGACAAAGUCCGAGUCUGCGCUGGGGUCUGAGGCCCGCCGCUGUUAAGAGUCACGGGCUGAUCCAGGCGCUGGCCGCCCGGUGAGACAUCCUCCUCCUCGUUUCCUUCUCUGUGUCGGUCUCUUCGGCUCUGCCCCCGUCUCAGUCCCGCGGCGGCUCCUCCUUCCUUUUCAGCUCCCGCAGCCGCGGCGCCUCAAUUCAAUUCUCUCAGAGGCGGCGAGAGCGCGAACCCAGGGGAGGGCCGGCUGCUUCCUCUCCCGUCUCCGGGCAGCCGUGGUCAGUCCAGCUCGGCGCUCGGCGCGGUCAGCAGGCCUUGGCUGGGGGUGGGAGUGGGAGGGCGAAGAGGAGGAGGAGGAGGCGGUGGCGGCGGCGGCGUGAGGGGCGGUGCUGCCCCGCUCGGGCUCCUCAGGCCGGUGCCGGCGUCAGCGCUGGGCUCUCUGACUGAGGGAAGGAGCGGCGAGUCGGGAGUCGGAGAUGCCUGAUUCAGCCGGGAGCCGCGGGCCGGGGCUGGCUGAAGGUCCGCGGGCGGGCGGUGGGGCUGUGGCGCGGGCAGGCGGCCCUCCCUCCCCGGCUCUAGCCGGAGCUCAGCCCCAGGGACAUGUCGACUGUCUCAGGCGGAAACCCGCUCUGGGGGAGGGGAAAGCCGGCUCGGUCCUCCCCUUACAGGGGGAACCACCCCUGCGGGCGGGCGGGCGGCGACGGCGGUCUCGGCCUCCCCUCGCGGCUUCUCUCAGAGAGGGGCGGCGGCGGCAGACCGCUGGCACGGGACUGGAGGCGCCCCGGCUGUGUGAGGUAGCGGUGGUGGCUUCUUCGGCUCCUCCUCGGUGCGCCCAAUUCCUAAACCCCGAACAAACUGAAAUUCAAACUGCUGAAGCGGCGGCUGCAGCUCCCUCCGCUGGGCCAAGAUGGGGCUGAAAUGGCCGCGCCAGGGAUGCUGGGAGGAGCAGCAGCCCCGCUGCCGCCGCCGCCGCUGCUGACUAAAAUGCCGCCGCUGCCGCAGCCACCGCCAGCGCCGCAGGCGCCGCCGUUCCGUGACGCACCUGCGUCGUGACGUCACCGCUCCCCCCCCCCCCCCCCCCGGUUUCCUGCAGUUUCGCGUGGAACCUGGGGUGGGGGGCAAUGGGCGGGGCUAAAGGUUAAAAAAGGGAGCGGUUUCUUUAUUUAAAAUUUUUUAAAUUUAAA